AUGACCUCCAACAAAACUCUUCUUCUUCACUCCCAUCACCAUGGGAACACUACAGUGGACACAGACACUGAAGACAUUGUGAAUAAGGUCAGCAUUGUCUUCCUUACCACAAUCGUUCUCUUUGGCACCACCGGGAACUCUUUGGUCAUCUGGGUGGCGGGUUUCCGUAUGAAGCCCAACGUCACUAAUGUAUGGCUGGUCAAUCUCGCCGUAGCAGACCUGAUCUUCUGCCUGACAAGAAUCACUUCACUCAUCAGAGUUUUGUUCUACAAAAAAUGGCCUUUUGGACUCUUUCUCUGCAAGUUCACUGGCUUCUUCAAGUACGCCAACAUGUUCUGCAGUGUUUUUCUUCUGGCCGUGAUCAGCGUGGAUCGAGCGCUCUGCAUCUGGCGUCCAGUGUUAACCAGAAAACGACGGACGUUAUGUGCUGCUCGUGUGGUCAGCGUGGGAGUUUGGAUCGUGGCGGUGAUCUUUAGCUCACCGUACUUUGUGUACAGACAGGUCUUUCCUGGCAAGAACAAUUUGAGCCAAUGCUCGCUGAAGGAGAAAAGAGCAGAAGAACGUGACAAUUCAGCAAAGUAUAUCUACUACUGCAUUCGUUUCAUCUGUGGAUUCUUGCUGCCCUUCCUGGUCAUCCUUAUCUGUUACAUACUAGCUGCUGUUGGGAUACGCAGAACACGGCUCUCUGGAAAAUCGAGGCCUCUUCGGAUUCUUGCUGUAUUGGUCUGUGCCUUUUUCUUGUGUUGGGCUCCAUACCACUUUCUAGGGCUGGUCAAGCUGAUGAAUGAAGAAAACAAGGCAGUAAAAGUGGCACUGAGUAUGUCUUCAAAAGUGGCCUAUUUUAACAGCUGCAUUAACCCAUUUCUUUAUUUCUGCAUGGGACUGGAUGUUAGCCGUCGCUGCAACCAAAGUUUGUCUGGGAUUUUUCGUAGAGCGUUUAUGGAGGAAGGCCAAAAUUUCUUACAGCAAGGCACUAGAAAAGAAAGCUCCAUUCCCAAGACUUAGAGUGUUACUAUAGUUCUGAUAUGUAGUACUGUAGAAAACAUUUUACAAGGACGCUUUUACGAUGAGAUUGAUUGCAUGAAAAUGUUUUGUUACUGCAUGCAUUGUGUAUCAUAUAUUUAGAUGUAUUGUCUGUUUUUGAUUUGUGGUGAAUUCUCUUUUUUGUAGUUUUCAAGUGUAAAUCUUUUUCUUCACAUAAAAAAGGAACUAAACUUUUUUUUUUAUAGAAGGCCAUUUUUAC